GCAACGGCGGGGCCCUCUGCGCCCGUCCCGGGCUGCCCACGGCGCCGCCUGCUCGCGGGACGGCCCCGCCGCGGCCCGAGGAGCCGCCCCUGCUGGUCUGACCGGUCCGACCGGCUCCGCCGCCCGGCCCGGCUCGGCCGCCGCCCGCUCCGAACGGCCGUGACCCGCGGCGGUGCGGGCCGGGGGGGCGCGCCGGGACCGGCGGCGCCGCGGGCAGUCCCGGGGCAGCCGGUCGGUGUGAGGGGCGGUGGGAGCGGGACGGGAGAGCGGCCGGUGACAGCGGAGCCCUGAGGAUGCGGGGCCGGAUCCCGGGAAUCUGCGGAGCCCCGGGGAUGUGGGGCCGGAUCCCGGCCCUGCUCGGCCUGGCCCUGGCCUUGGCAUCGCUGCUGCCCGCAGCCGGAGCGCGCCGGAGCCAGGACCUGCACUGCGGAGCCUGUCGGGCGCUGGUGGAUGAGCUGGAGUGGGAAAUCGCCCAGGUGGACCCCAGAAAAACCAUCCAGAUGGGCUCGUUCCGCAUCAACCCCGACGGCAGCCAGUCCGUGGUGGAGGUGCCGUACGCUCGGUCGGAGGCGCACCUGACGGAGCUGCUGGAGCGCGUGUGCGAGAAGAUGAAGGAGUACGGCGAGAAGCUGGACCCGGCCACGCAGCGCAAGAGCUACGUCCGCGUCAUCUCCCACGACGGCACCAAGAUGGACCUUUCCGGGGUCAAAUUCGACGGGGACGUCACCUCCAGCCUGAAAUUCGCGUGCGAGAGCAUCGCCGAGGAGUACGAGGAUGAGCUCAUCGAGUUUCUGUCGCACGAGGCUGAGAACGUCAAGGACCGGCUGUGCAGCAAGAGGACGGACCUGUGCGACCACGCGCUCCACAUCCCACACGACGAGCUGUGACUGCCUCGGGAGCGGGGACCGGGACGGCGCUGGGACCCACCGGGACGUCCUCGGGACCCACCGGGACGUCCCCAGGACCCACCGGGAUAUCCUCGGGACCCACUGGGAUGUCCCCGGGACCCACGGAUCUCUGGGGCCUCCCCAGCUGCGUCGCCCCAUGCGGAGCUCCCGUCCUAUUUAUUCCCCAUCCGGGGCCACGUCCUCGCUGCUGCGGGGACAUUUCAGGGACAUUCCUGCCCCGCUGCCGGGGACACGGGGACACACCGGGGCUCAGCCCCCACGGGGUGGGGGGCUUGGGGACCCCCCUCUCUUUUGCAGGCAAUAAAGGGGCCGUGGGCCCACCCGAGGGCA